AUGUUCCACAAGAUUGUUACGUUCGUCGCCUUCGCAGCUCUGCUGGGGCUCAUCUCGGUGAGGCCCGGCGAGGCCCGCUCGAUGGACCUGAACGAUGUUCUCAACAAGACCGUGUGCCCCAUCAAGGUGGAGAUCGACAUCAACGAGCACCGAGUGCCGCGAAAGAUAAAAAUGCUAAAGUGCGCCGAAGAUCAGCGAGAGUGGUGCCGGCUGGCGCACCUGCAGCACGAGUGCUGCCGCCACAGCCUCAGCGGGCACGUGAUGCAAUGCGUGGAGGUCCACGACACCGUGCUCGUGUUCGACAAGAUCAAGAACGAUAUGGUGACUCUGGAGGUGCCCGUGGGCUGCAGCUGUAUCGUAGACAAGAGCACGGCGGCAAAGUCUCUGGACACUUCGCCCCCGCGGUGA